AUGUCCGCUGUCUCAUCCUCAGCCAUGAACCCUCAGGGCCAGGGAAGCCGUCAGUCAGCCCGUCAAACGCGAACAAAUCCGUCUCGAACCUCCAAAACUAUUGGACGGUCGUCUUUCGCGUUCGGUCGAGGCUCUACUACAACGGAAAUUCCUUCUACAACACCUGUUCCCCACGGCUUCUAUCCUGCUCUCACGCAUUUCACCGAUGCUAUCACCGCUCUUCCGCGCGAAUUUCGUCGCCACAAUUCUCUGCUAAAGGAGGUCGAUGCGAAGGCGUGGGCCCUCGAGGAAAAUUUACUCCAAUUACUCCAGUUCUCUUCCGAGUCACAGCCAGUUCCUCACCCUCCCCACCCGGCGCCUAUCGCUGGGGGUGUGAUUCGGGAGGAUGUUUUGCCCAAGGAGCUUCCGCAGUCCCCCGAAACUACCGAGAGCAAAAGUCGUCGGCUUCUUUUUGAUCGCGUACGACAAAGCCUUUCAGACUUGAUGAUGACCGCCGAUGAGAAAAACCACGUAAUCUCCAAUGCGAACGAGGAAUUGGACCGCCAGAUCAUCCGCUUGGAUACCGUUUUCCCAUACAUUGCAGGCGAGAUCAGCGAGGAAGCUCGUCUGGGCAGUUUGACCCACUGGGCAUACUCCAACAAGAGUGCUGCAAAGGCAGCAACCAACGAGCGUCCGCGCCGGGAAGCCGUGGCCCAUAGACAGGAUCUGUCGCACGUCCUUCACGAAGCCGAAGCCGCUAGCCGCAGCGAGGCGCGGCGUGAUGCUGUCAUGGCGCGGAAGCAACGUAGGGCUCAUGUCGAUGCGGACUAUGAGGAGGUCCGCGGAUCAGGCGCGCGCAAGACUAAUAACGGUAAAACACGCGGUGGAGAUCAAACCGCUGACCCAAGUGUUGCACCCAAGCGUCGCAAGGUGGAGCGACCACAUCUGCCCGUGGAUACCAGUGUUCCUAUGGAACGGUCUGCCAGUGGUGCUACUAGCCAGAGGGUCGCAAACAAAGACCCUGCAGAGAAGAAGCGCUCUCGCGCUCCCAACCCGACUGCUGCUGCGCGCAAAAAGGCCAAUGCCUCCAAUGCCGGAUCCCCCAUCCUAGCUCCAUCACCAUUGGUUGGAACAUUCAAUGCUCCGCGCGGUGCCGCCAGUCCAGGACCAAACACUUCAAGGCCACAAUCUUCACGAGCCCAGCAAAAUGCGGGAGUAGCGAGCAAUGCACGCGCACGGCCAUCAUCCUCGGCUUCAAACCGCCCCAACAGCAGUAUGCCAUUUCAACUACCCUCGUCGGAUCUUUUCAUUAAUCACGUUCCCCACGCAGACAAAAUCGCUGAUCCCAGAUCUACACUCCGAGAAGGACCCGUUAAAAACGAAAUUGGCAACCCGGACGCACAUCGUGGCGAGUAUGAAGACUCUAAUUCCAGGACGUCCGUUCCAGUGGGCUCCAAGCGCGAGGAUCUUGACAGGAAAGCCGGUUCCGCCGAGGCCGAAACAACGAAGGGACGCAACUCCAAGACAUCAACCCCCAUUCUGUCCGGCUUCGCAGAGCCCAGUCAGCGUGCGCGGCCUACACGAAGUCAGGACCCUGCGUCUACCAAACGCACGCAGAAGAAACCUAUCCCACAGCCUAUCAUACCUUCUGACGAUGAGUCACUCCACGAGGGUGACGAUGAAGAUGAAGAGGGUGAGCCACGAUACUGCUACUGUAACGAGGUCAGCUUCGGUGAGAUGGUUGCUUGCGAUAAUGAUGCCUGCCCGCGUGAAUGGUUCCAUUUGUCGUGUGUCGGUUUAACGAAACCACCUGGAAAGAAUGUAAAAUGGUAUUGCAACGAAUGUAAGGAGAACAUGCGACGAAGUCGCAAUGGGCGGUGA